AUGUCAUCGACAGCAACGACCAAUUCCGGGCCCACGCCAUCGAAGAAGUUGAAGACCGGCGAUGAGGUGGACAACGGAGAGGUGAAGACGACGAACAACAACAACAACGCCAACCGAUUGGACUCCAGCGGCGGUGCCGACUCUCUGGAGGACGAGUCCCGUGACUACGAUCCCGAGACUCAGAAGACGUUGGAGGAGAUCGACGCCACGCAGAAUGAGAUCGAUUCGCUCAAUGAGAAGGCCUCCGAAGAGAUCCUCAAAGUGGAGCAGAAGUACAAUAAACUCCGCAAACCGUUCUUCGAGAAGCGAAACGAGUUGAUCGCCAAGAUUCCCAACUUCUGGGUCACGGCUUUUGUAAAUCACCCGCAAAUCUCCGCUAUUCUCGAUGAGGACGAGGAGGAGUGUCUGCACUUCCUGUCCAAGUUGGAAGUGGAGGAGUUCGAGGAUAUCAAGAGUGGCUAUAGAAUCAAAUUCUAUUUCGAUGAGAACCCGUACUUCGAAAACGAUCUCUUGGAGAAGGAAUUCCAUUUAGGGGCCGGAGGAGAUCCGGCGUCGAAGUCGACGCAAAUCAAAUGGCGAGAGGGCUCUGACCUGUCGAAGAGACUGCAGGACCAGCAGAACGCGUACAACAAGAACGAGUCGGACUCGAAGACGUCGCGGAAGCGUCAGCUGGAGUUCCCGCGAACCUUCUUCACGUGGUUCACAGAUCACGGCGACGCCAGCGCUGACGACAUCGCCGAAGUGAUCAAAGACGACAUGUGGCCCAAUCCGCUCCAGUACUUCCUGGUGCCCGACAUUGAGGUGGAAAAUGGCGGACUCGAUGGCGAAGACGGCGAGUCCGAUGAAGACGAGGACGAGAACGACGAGUCGGUGGUUGUGGUCGAGGAGGAGGACGACGACGGCGCCGAUGAUGAGGAGGAUGUGGACGACGAGGAGCUCUAUGAGGGAGAGGAUGGCGACGAGGGAGAGGGCGGUCCCGAUGAUGAGGACGACGACCCCGAAGGAGAAUAAGAAGUGGUUUUCGUUUUAUUAUAUAUUUUUUGUCUUCAUUUCACAAGAAUUUCUGUUAUUUUUAAUCGCGUUUUCUCGACGGCCUCUCGACAAGUGUACGGCUCUACCAAUAUAUGACUAAAUUAUUUCAGAUAUUAGUGACCAUUUCAGUGACAAUUAUUAUCUUAUUUCUAAUGAUUGAAGAGUUUUUCACACAAACCAUUAGCUCUUAAUUCAUCUCUCGUGGAAUCGAUUCACACGAAUAUUGUAGCGAUUCUUUCAGAUCCCUGUCCCCGACCGACGUCCCGACUCAUUAGCGCUCACUUUUUGACCAAUUUAUAGCCACUACUACUACCACUCCGUGUCCUCUAUUUUCUCUGUAUGUCACGCCUAUUGUCAGACAAAACUAACUAAAAAAUCACUUCAUUUUUGCGAAACACAC